CGGCGGCAGGAAAAGAGCAGAACAGCCAUGAGGAAGAGCGGCGGUGCCGGAAAGAAGAAACAACCUGACGCCAUAGAUGAAGUUGAACAGAUGCUGAGAGUGACCGAAGAUGACCUUCUUCUCAAGCUCACCGUCAAUUCUCAUACAAAAUCUAAAUCCAAAUUCGACUUCGUAUCCGAAUCCUCCCACAACAACGCGAUAGACCCAGAUCUCGAUCGUCGAUUUCAAGCUCUUCGAUACAAACCCUCCAAAUCCAACCCUAAAACGCAAAUUAAAGCCGAUCAUGAAGAUGUCGAUAAUCUAUUAGCUCGAUUCGCUGCUCUUAAAGCUCCUACUAAUGCAACAUCUACUUCUAAUUCUUCUAAUGAACAACACGGGAAAGUUGUCAAAGAUGAAAGUUGCGGCGUCGUUGAUUCUGAAGACGAAGAAGAUGAGGUUUCGAAGAUAAUCAAUUGGGCAAUAGACGCAGCUCGACUUGAUCCUUCUCCUUCCUCGGACAUCGAUGACGAUGAUGAUGAUGCGGAUGUCGAUGACGACAGCGAUGAUGAUUCCGAUGAUGAUGCUAGCCAUACAGUACAUCGUAAAAAGAAAGGAUCAAAAAAAUAAUUCGGUUCUACUGGACCCCUAAGCAAGUAGAAAUGGUACCCAGAGGCUAGUCAUCAUCGCUAGAGCAUGAACAAUAGCACAGACAUUUCAUCACAGCCUUCACUGCCCUCGACAGCACGUUACCACGAGCAGGAACAUUUCUGUUUGCUUCAACCAUUUUUUCUCCUUUUAACCACUAUACCAGAAAUAUUAGUUGUAAAUCUAUAUAUAGAAACUUUGGCUGUAAAUCUAUAUAUAGAAAUAUUCUUCAGGCUCUAUUUCAUGUGAAGAAGAGUGAUCUUCCACAUUUUUUCAAACAAUUUUCAUGCAAAUUUUCUUGUGUUUUGAAAUUCAGACAGGUUAGUACUUAGUUUAG